UCGACGCGACGUUACGUGUUGUCGGUCCCGUUACGUGCCACUCCGUUUCGAUUAACCGUGUCCCCUCCUAUCCAGUGUGCCAGUGUUGUGUUCCUUCUUCGUCGUGUUUAUCGUUUUCAAUCGUACUCGGACGUUCUCGCGUUCAGGUGUCGUGUAAACACCUGGCACCGUCGAUAACCAGUGACCGCGUGACGCCGGACGGGAAUUGAACAAAAUGACGUUUCAUCCGGUCGAGACUCGUUCUUCCGGGUCAUCGUUCGAUCGAACGAUCAUCUUGAUCACGAUCGAACUACUAUCAGUGAAUUAAUAAGUAAACGACAACGCGACACGCUGUAUCUCUUUCUCCGGACCACCCCCCGCACUUCUUCGCGAGACAGGAAAGCUGUCGGUUCGGUGUUUGUACAACAGUGCCGUGUGAUCGUUUGUGUACACGCAAGGAGCAAAGCUUUCAUCGAGGACUAAAAGAUGCUUGGGGUGAAAGAGAGAAGAGUCUUGUACUUUGAAAAUACUGAACCGAUUUGGUUAGUGGAUUUCGUCGAUCGCGCGGUUCGUGUGAACGGUCCUUCGUGUGAUUGUGCGAUGGAGGCGAUGGAGUACAGUGCAACGUUCACGGAUCUACGACCGUACGAUUAGGGAGUGAACGCGCGUGUAAAUCAGCCACCAUCGUCGUGAACUGGUCAAGAAAAAGAAGGAAAGGCAUUGAAUCGCGUAAAGUGCGCGAUAUUUCAGUGACCCAUUGACUGCGAAGCGUAUAAAUGAAACCGCGUACCGCGACGUAUCGAUGUUUCCGAGAUCCCCACCCUCCCCGAGCGAAGCUGCACACGUAGAAAGGAUAAUGGGGUUAGAAUCGAGAAGUUAAACACGUGGGAUUUUAGACUCGAAUCUCUCUGCUGGGUCCAGACAAAUCCGGAAAGACGAGACAGAAGUUAAUUAAAGUCAAUGAUCGAGUCUAAUGGGAAAAGCAUCACGGGAAGGUUGCGUCGGGGAGGCGCGCAGUUAGCGCUCGAACAGGCCUAAAUGAAGAGCGAUCGUCACGGGGACAGGUGAUCGAUAGGGAUUGCGAGGAGCCGCGCAAUUCUGGAAUCGUGUGUGCGCUCGCGCGGAGAUCGCAGGCUGAUCGUGGCGGUAAAACGCGAGGGGAGGGACGGAGAGCAAGAUGGAACUCUUCCUGAUUCUCGUCUGUCUAAUUGCACCGCCCACCCUCUCGCUCUCGAUCAAGAGCAAGUUGAAUCCAAGGAUCGUUCAAACGCGGUACGGCGAGGUGCAGGGGUUAGUACGGUCCUUCGAGUACGCCAAGUUCCUCAAGCCGAUCGACGUCUAUCUUGGGAUACCGUACGCCACCCCACCGGUUGGAGGCAACAGAUUUUCACCGACCAGGGCACCCAGCCCGUGGGAAGGAGUCAGAUUAUCGGAUUCGGUCGGUCCAGUUUGUCCCCAAAAGCUGCCCGACAUCUCGAAUGAGCAAGAAGCACUGGAGCGUAUGCCGAAAGGCCGAUUAGAGUACUUGAAGAGGCUACUGCCUCAUUUACGGAAUCAGAGCGAGGAUUGUCUCUACUUGAACAUCUACGCACCUGCUAUGGGCAUGGCGGACAGCGGUAGAAGGCAUCCGGUGUUACUCUAUAUCCACGGCGAGAGCUACGAUUGGGGCAGCGGAAACCCGUACGACGGUAGCGUGCUGGCCAGCUACACCGACCAAGUGAUCGUAACGAUGAACUACCGUCUGGGCGUGCUCGGCUUCCUGAACGCCAAUGUGGCGCCUCAGACGAAGGCAAGGGUCGCGAAUUAUGGUCUCAUGGAUCAGAUUGCGGCGCUUCACUGGGUCAAAGAGCAUAUCGCCUUGUUUGGCGGCGAUCCCAACAACGUGACGCUGAUGGGCCAAGGAACUGGCGCUGCUUGCGUUCAUUUUCUCGCCAUCAGCCCGACAGUCAUACGUGGUUUGUUCAAAAGAGCCAUCCUUCUGUCAGGAAGUGCUCUAUCGUCGUGGGCAGUGGUCGAGGAUCCUGUUUCGUACGCUUUAAAAUUGGCCAAAGCCGUCAAUUGCUCAAUUCCUGAAGAUCUGCUCAAGGAUAACGAGCUGAUCGUCGAUUGCCUUCGAGAACGUAGCCUAGAAGAGUUGAUGCAGGUCGAUAUCCAACCACCAACUUUUCUCAGCGCGUUCGGACCCAGCGUCGAUGGCGUGGUCAUCAAACCGGAUUUCCAAAAGGAUCUCCUGUCCUAUAUGGGUCCAGAGUUUCAAGGAUUUGGACCACUGCCAAAGAAAGCUGAACACGGUGCACCGAUUACAAGCAACAACAAGUAUGACCUGUUAUUUGGAGUAACGACGAGCGAAGCUUUGUGGAAAUUCGCGGAAAAGGAUGUUCAGCAAGGAUUCGAAGGCGAAAGGAGAGACAGGAUAAUCAGAACGUACGUGAGGAACGCGUACGUUUAUCAUCUCACGGAAAUAUUCUAUACCGUGGUGAACGAGUAUACGGAUUGGGAACGUACGGUCCAACAUCCGGUGAAUACGAAAGACGCUUGCGUCCAGGCGCUAAGCGACGCCCAAUUCGUGGCGCCGUUGGUGCAAACCGGUGAUUUGUUCACCCUGAGACACACAAAGAAACCGAACAACCCUCACAUAGCACCGGUGCCGGAAAGUGAAAAGGAACCGAUGCCCAAAACAUAUUUUUACGUGUUUGAUUAUCAGAUGAAGGAGGGUGAUUAUCCCCAGAAAAUGGGCUCCGUUCAUGGUGAAGAGUUGCCGUUCGUUUUCGGGGCUCCGUUAGUGGAUGGUUUCGGCCACUUCCCAAGGAACUACACCAGAUCUGAAGUGGCACUUUCCGAGAGCAUCGUACAGUACUUCGCCAACUUCGUCAGAACUGGGAACCCGAACGUGAUCGAUCACCAUAGUCGAAACGACACGCUGCUGCCUGCCAGCCGGGAGAAAAGCCGUUUCCGAAGUCUGACAUGGGAUCAAUACGACCCGGUGCAUCAGAAAUACCUGGAGAUCGGCUUACGACCAAAGAUGAAGAAUCAUUAUCGAGCUCAUCAACUAUCAGUCUGGUUACGUCUAGUACCAGAGCUUCAUCGAGCAGGAAUGGAGGACGUAGAUUCCAGGCACAAUUUAUUCCGGGGUCAUUCGGAUCCAAGUCUUUACGACGGUUCGGUAAGACCAGAUCCAUUGAGCAGGAUCAGCGAGGAAUUCAAAAGGAAGAACAUCACCACGGAACCACCAACUACAACCGACUACAACGCGGCCACAUGUGUCAGCUAUAUUCAAAGCACAAACCUUCAGACCGUUCAUAACGCUAGCACAGACACUCUGGCUAGUCUGGAUGCAGCUGGAUACGCGGCGUAUUCGACAGCUCUGAGCGUCACGAUCGCGAUUGGCUGCAGCUUGUUGAUCCUGAACGUCCUCAUUUUCGCCGGCGUCUAUUAUCAGAGGGACAAAACGAGGCUCGAGGUGAAGAGCCUUCAGCAGCAACAAAUGUUGAAUCAACAGUGCGGUCCACGAGGAUUCACCGAGCUGAAGCAACCACCGCCGCCUCACUCUCAUUUCCCUGGAAGUGGUCAGGUCAUCGUGGACGUUGAAAAUGAGAUGUUAAGAAGGAACGUUAUGAAAGGUCCUCCGAACGAUCCCAACACGCUUCUCCAACAGGGCCAGGGAACUCAUACGUUGCCUCAUCAACAUCAUUAUCAAAAGCAACAUCAACAACAGCAUGCCACUCUUCCCCGAGCUUCCGUCAUACAGGACAUGAACGCACAAACCCAAGGUCCACCAAACGGGUCCAUACAUCUGACAGUACCAAGAGCACCACCACCCCCUCGAGCAAAGAGCCCACCCGAAAACCAGCCCCUGUUGCAAAGUGCCACCGUGUCGAGUCGCGUGUCCCAGGCUACCAUGAGCGAGAUGAGAGUGUGAUGCUUGGACCCCCCUCCGAAACCAGUCGUCCCGGAUGUUCUCACGGCAUCGACCUUACUUUAAAACUGCGUUUCGGUCCGAACACAGUUCGGAAAUCUCCUUUGGAAAUUUCGCGAACGGUAACACGUUCGUGUCGCCAUGACUUUCGACCUGUCCAGGUGAUGACGAGCUGAUAAUCAACGGAGGGGGGUGAACAGAGCUUUACGCUCGAUACUGAAGAAGAAAAAAAAUCGAGUACCAGGUAUUCAUUGAAGCAGUGCAAGCAGGGAGAAUGAAGAAGAAGGACGAUUCGAAGAGGAAAGACGAAUCUAAUAGAUGAUAUCUUUAUAAGUGUAAUAAAGGACGUUGGUGACUUCGAUGGAUACCAAAAGAGGUAUAUCAUCUUUGGGAAUGAUAGAUCAUACGUGAAUAUCGAUCAAUGAUAAAAUUCCCAGUAGUAGCCUAAUUAAGGGCAACCUUCUUUCCACGAUCAACUUCAAUCAAAAAAAAAUCUUUUCAUGGUGAAAAUCAAACGCGAUACAGUCAGCUAGCUAGUCGAUAAUAAUGAAUUUGUAGGUGUUAACGACAAGGGAGAGACGCUCAACAGCCAUUGAAUCGAUCAUGGAGACCCGUGUAUAAAAAAAAAAAAAAACGACUUAUCCACUACGAUGUUAGAUGUUCCUUGUACAUAAAAGAAAAAAAAGUGAAUUUAUACCAUAAGAAGAAAGCCAAAAAAGAACGUUUGCUACUUUCUAAGAGGACGUGUAACUCGUGUCGUGUUGCGUAUCGUUUGAUCGUCCAUUAAUUAUUUUCUUUAUUUCAGUCGUUCUUUAUUCUUCGACCUGAUUGUGAACGUUACAUGAUGUAAGUGUGAAAGAUCAUUGUAAAACAUUAUUCGUCGACGAUCUGAUCGAUUCUGUUUGAUUGAUCGAAGAAAAUCUAAGCUUAAAUUGAUAAUGAAAAUUUCCUUUCCUUUUAAUUGGGUAACUUGUUAAUUACACAGCAGGAUUAAAAGUACUGAUGCAGAUUGCCUCUUGUGUAGAGGAUACAAAGUACCGUCCAUAAGAAUUAUAUUUCUUUUUUCUUUUUGGAUACCCAUUGAAAUUUUAAUAUUUAAAGACUUAUACCUUUCGCCUAUUACAAAAAGAAAAGAAUUGAAAUUAUUUUAGAUGAUCAUUCUUUCAUCGAUCAAACGUAUCGAUCUUCGAUGACAAAAUUCAUUCAUCCUCCAAUGCAUACAACUGCCAUUCAUCACGAUUUCAUUCUAAAUUCAGGAGCAUUAAUCAAGGAACGUUCCCUCUCAACGGUAAUCGCGUCUGUGUAACGGUACAUAGUAAUUGCCAUUUUUUCUACAUUUUUGGUAACAUUGAGAAAUGGGAUCUCGUUUCACUUUACCACGUACACUGUAAAAAGAUGAAUGCCAACAGAAUUAAAUAGAAAAAGCGAUCCCUAGGGAAACCCAGUGUGCUCGACAGUGUACGCUCGAGUGCAAUGUAGGUCUGUUAAAUAAAGGAAACCUAAACUGCACGUGAAUGUACACCGAGUCCCAAUUAAUCGUAGAAAUAACCAUCUUCGUGCAAAUGGAUCAUUUAAAGCCCAUGAUACCCAAAAAAUGUCGAAAAUGUUGAAAUGUUGAAAAGAGAUUCGUAUGAGAUCCAAGGUGUACGUGAUUUUUUGUAAAGAUAUACGUAUACAUAUAGGUGUAACAUAAAGACUAACGUAAAUCUGUUAUUAUUAUGCGUAAUGCACUGCCACAGGACUCGAGAAAUCACGCAGGAUAAUGAGAAAGAUCGUAAGAAUUUCUCUGGUCGGUUUGGAUCAUUAAGACUGCCCUUUGAUGUGCUUUCAUUCUUUGAAGCAACAUUUUGUGAUAAGUUCUGAGUAAUUUCUUUUGUUUUAUUAUAGAUUACAUGUAGCUCGACUAUUUUUUGAAGAUUUUAAUGUGUUUCGAAUGACUGAACAGAAUUAUUUAAGAAAAUUCUUCUCCAUUGUUAUUUUCCACUGUACCACCAAUCAAAAUACGCUUCAAAGGAUCAAAUAAUCAAAAUUUUCUUAACAAAAUCACCGAGAAUAAUAAACUAAACAUCCAUUUUUAUGUUCUUUAUUAUAGAAUUGUAUUGUUUAUACAUAGAAAAGAAUAAAUCAAAAAUCUGAACCGCCAAA